GUCUUCAUUUGAGCUCCUCCUCGGCAAGGGAUGCCAAGGCCACCCUCUUCGUGGGCAAUGUCCCAUACGACGCAGAGGAGGCCGACCUUCACGAGGUGCUGGGUGUUGCAGGGCCGCUGGCGGAGGUGCGCCUGAUGCGGAAGGGCAUGGCGUUCGUUGACUUUGUGAACCCGGAGGACGCCACGAAGGCGGUCACAGAGUUGCAAGGCUGCGCUUGCCUGGGGGCGCCCUUACGCCUGGAAAGUGAAAGUCAUGACAACCGGCAGGGCCCCCUCUUCCGCGCGCCGCGGCGGGAGCCGCAGCACUCGGCCUGGGCUCAGCAGCCCGGCUCCGGGCGGCCAAAGGGAGCUCGACGGCACGGGCCGGAUCCCCGGGGAAAGCUCUUCCUGGGCAACGUGGCGGCCGACACCACGGAGGAAAACCUGCGCGAAGUCUUCAACGAUCACAACGUCACGGAGGUCUCUUUACACCGCAAGCCGGGCACGGAGAGAAUCAGCUACGCCUUCGAGUGUGGUUCAGCUCCGCCGAAGAGGCGGAGCAGGCGCUCAAGCUGA